AAAGCAGCAGGACGGCUCUUUAUUUCUGUUUCUUAAUUUGUUUUCCUUUGUGAAAGAAACACGGCAACAUGUUGCCCUGUGUGCUAUUUGCAGUCUGUAUAUUUGCCACAUGUCAUGUAGACGGUUACACAUUAAGGGAAGAAGAAGAAAAUUUAAACCAGGAUGUUUUAGGAACAGAUUUUCUCCAGCGUCGUCUGCAUCCUCUCUUCAACUGCCCCGACAUGAGUCCGUCUCCCACCGUCCCCACCUCGGUUGAACAUGUUAAAGCUGCAGAUGUCAAAGUCAUCGCCGCACUGGGAGACUCUUUAACUACAGCUAUUGGUGCCAAUGGUUCUACGAUUCUCUCAAUACCUCUUGAAUUUCGCCACGUGUCUUGGAGCAUCGGAGGAUAUGGAACUUAUCAAAAUGUCAUAACACUGGCAAAUAUUUUCAAACUCUUCAAUCCCAAACUGCUGGGUCCAUCACCCGUGAUGACAUUCCACGGCAAACCAACAACUGUCAACGAGACCGGCUUCAACUUCGCCGUCACCGGCCACAACACGCUAAAUGUCUCAGAUCAGAUAAGACACAUGAUAGACACGUUCAAGUCUUAUCCAGGUCUGAACUUCCAAGAGGACUGGAAGCUGGUGACAAUGCUGAUCGGCAUGAACGACAUCUGCGAUUACUGCAAAAACAAAAUUCUGUUCUCCCCCGACAGCUUCAUUCAACACAUGACAGAAGCUCUGGACACGAUGAUGAAGGAGAUCCCCCGGACAAUCGUGAACGUGGUGCAGAUUCUUCCCAUGAAGCCUCUCAGAGAGGUUCAGAGACCGACUCUAGGCUGUCAGCUUCAAAAGACUUUCUGCUCUUGCCUCGUUCAACCUGAAGAAAACUCCACUGAGCUGAAGGAGCUGGUUGAGGUUAACUAUGAGUUCCAGAGAAGAUUAGAGAAGCUUCUGCACAGCGAUCGUUUCUUCAAAAAGGACUUUGCUGUUGUUCUGCAACCUUAUUUAGAGAACACAGGACCACCGAGACUUCCUGAUGGGACGUUUGACUUGAGCUUCUUCACGGCCGAUUGUUUCCACUUCACUGUUAAGGGUCAUGAGGAGCUGGCAAAGGGACUGUGGAACAACAUGUUCCAGCCUGAAGGAGGGAAAGAGAUGAUAAAGACAUUUUCAGAGCCAAUAAAACUCAUCUGCCCCACAAAGGAACAUCCUUACAUUUACACCAGACCCCGAGUUGAAUCGUCUGCACCGACGCUGAGACGUAUCUCCGCGACGACGUUGACGCUGAUGUCUCUGCUCUCUGUGUUUAACUAUCUGUAGUUCAACAGGCAGAGCAAGGCACCAGCACUGCCUGGAUUGAGGGUUUGAUUCCCACUGGAGCCACAGAUCCUUAAAACAUUAACACUCAGGGAACUCUAACUUUCUUUGUGUGAAAAACGUCCACCAUAUGGACAUUAACUUGGACGUUGAUGAUGUGAUCAAUCAAGAGACCAGUUUAUAUUUUGUUUUAGAAGUUAGACAUUGGUAACUUUUUAUCAGUACAUUGACCAGUGUACUGUAUUUGUGAUGUCUCCUCUUCUGUGAUUAGAUAUAAAAAUGUUUCUGACAGCUGCUGAAAAUGAAAUAAAACAGUUUCAACCCAUGA